AUGUCAGGUGCGGACAAGGUAGAGAAAUUCUCCGAUUUCUCAAAUGUCCAAUUCUCCAGACCCGAAUUUUCAGAUGCGGAGGAUGAUCCUGGAAAGGAUGAAUAUGAAAGCGGAUACACACAACAAUCACUAAUGAGAGUGCCUACAGCACCUACACCAUCACAGCCACUUUCAAAGAAAGACAGGAAGAAGUUGAAAAGGCAAGAAGAGAAGGCCGCUGCAGUUGCAGAAGCUGCCUUUGUGCCACCUCCAGCACCAGACCCUCCAGCAGCUCCAGCGCCAGCAGAUGAUGAAUCCCCAGCAGCCGCAACGUCCAGCAAGAAGAAGAAGAGCAAGAAGAGCAAGAAGAAGGAAAAGGAGUCAAAGUCUCUUCCAGUUCCUCCUCCUGUGCCGGCUCCCCCACCUCCAACUGCCGAGGAGAGCAAGGAGGCGGGGAAGGUAGAGGAGGAAGCAAAGGAGGAGACUGAAGCACCUGGAUUGACUGGAACACAGGACACGGCCAAUAACGAAGACUCACCAACUGCGGAAGAAGAAGAAGUUGUCGAGACAGAGACAACAGCAGAAGAUAUGGCGUCAAAGAAGGAGGAGGAGAAGAAGGAGGAGUCACCCAGGGAACAAACAUCCCCUGAAGAGGUUCCCCCUUCCAAUGAAACAUCAGCUGCUGAGGCUGAAGAGACACCCGUCAAAGAAGAAGCCCCUGCUCAAGAAGGCGCACUCAAAGAAGAGGGAGAGGCGCCCCAACCAGAAGGCCCCGCCGACGAUAUAUCAAAUGAUGAACCGGCAAGCGAAGAAGGCAUCUCGGGUGAGAAGUCCGCAGUCGAUAUCCCCGAGUCAAAAGACCUUUCGAUUGAGACACCAAAGGAUGAUGCUCCAAUGGCAGGCGAAGCAUUAAUCAAAGAAGAUGAACCUGCGCCAAAGGAAGCUCCCGAAGAGCCCACACUAGCGGAGCAGGCUACAGAAGACUCUCCUGUAACGGAUCACUCCAAGAAAGAGUUUCUGGUGACUGAGGAAACGCCCUCCACAGAGGGAGUACCUGGAACAGAGGAGGCUCCUCCCGGUGAAGAGUCUCCAGCUAAGGACCAAACCUCAGUUGAGCCAGAAAAAUCCGGGGCGCCAGAGAAGGAUGGCGAUGGUGAUGACAAGCCUACAGCUGCUACCGAAACAAAGCCUCUGAACAAGAGUCAGAAGAAGAAGAAGAAGGAGAAAGAAAAGAAGGAGAGAGAGGAGAAGAAGAAGGCAGCUGCGAAAGCCGAAAAAUCUCAUCAUCACAAGUCCAAGCACUCACAUUCCUCGAAAGAUGCGAACAAUGCCAAGGACGAUACGCCUGACUCACCAAAAGCCAUAGGGGACGAAGAAGAAGGGAAGAGAAGUAGGACAGUUGAUCCGGCCGAGAAGAACAAGGACGCUGAACUUGGAGUUGAUCCCAACAUUGCUGAUGAGACCCCUUCCUCCCUAGAAGAGGUGACGAUGGUUCAAGGAGCGAAGUCUGGAGAGGAGCCUGAGCCUUCCGAGGAUGCGAAGACUGCAGGAGAGGUUGCUCCAGCAGAAGAAGUGAAGCCUAAAGGUGAAGCUUCUGCGGAGGAUUCGAACCCUACAGAAGAAACACAAGUCAGUGAGCCAACGCCAAUAGAAGAAACCUCGACAGCAGAAGCGAAGUCUGCAGAAGAGGCUUCCCCCGCAGAGGAAGUAAAGCCUCCAGACGAAGCUUCGGUGGAAGAUCCACAACCAACAGAAGAAACCUCAACAGAAAAAGUCAAGUCUACAGAAGAAGCUACCUCAACGGAGGAAGCAAAGCCCACCGAUGGUGCCCCAGUGGAAGACCCAAAAACGACAGAGGAAAUCUCAACAGAAGAAGCCAAGCCUGCGGACCAAGCUUAUGUGGAAGAUCUAAAGCCUAAAGAGGAAACUUCAACAGAAGAGGUGAAGGCUAUAGACGAAGUCAAGUCUGCAGAGGAAGAAGCAAAUCCUGUAGUCGAAGGUUUAGCCGAAGAACCAAAGCUCACGGAAGAGAUCCAAGUUGAAGAAGCGAAUCCUGAGCAGAACUCAAAGCACACAGAUGAGAGCCCGGCAGAAGAAAAAGUUGCGGAAUCCGAAAUAGAACCUGGACCUGCAGAAGACACAUCCUCCUCUUCCGAAGAUCUGGCACCUGCUAAAGAACCCACAACUGAAGGAGACUCAAAGCCUGAAGCAAAGCCAACUAGCGAAAUUCCAGCAGAAGACCAAGCCUUACAACCUGAGGUUGAGCCUCAGCCUGCACACGAGAUAUCGUCUUCACUUCCUCUUCCGCCCUCAGAUUCUGAGCUGAAGCGCACAGGGGAAGCUUCAGCCGAAGAGGAGAGACCAAACCCAGACUCUACUCCUGCGCUGCCCACGGAAGAGGCUGCCCCUGAAGCUGCCAACGCUGACGAGGGUAGUAAGACUGCAGAAGCAGCUGAGACUUCUGGGGCAAUAAGCGAUUCUAGCGACCAUAACGCCACAGACGGGAAUGAAGGUACCACUCCCGUAGCAGCUUUGGAAUCCGAAGCUUCUGCUGGAGAUGAAACUGCAGCCGCUGCAACCAAACCGACCGCCGAAUCAGAAGACUAUCUAGGAGACACAAGUCCUGUAGAUGCAGGAGUCGAUGCUGUAGCGGAAGAAACCCCAGCUGAAGAUCCAGUAACCGAAAGGGGGAGCGAGGCUGUUGCGGACGAGAAGGGCGAAUCUAUUCCCGAGAAAACACUAUCGCCGGAGGACGCUGGAGAUAACAAGGAGCCUGUCAAGUCAGAGGAAACAGCACCUGGCGAUAAGGAAGGCACAGAUGCAACAACAGCUAUUGGUGUCGAUGAUAAGCCUGUUGAAACGGAAGAUCCAGCUAUUCCUGUCGAUACGGAGGAAUCCCCUGGCGGUAAUGAAUCGUCCCCUGAGACGGAAUUUGCCUCGCCGAAUGACAAGGAAACUUCAGUACCAGAAGACAAGCCUCGUGAGGAGGACCAGGCGACUGAUGCCAAGCCAUCUGAAGCACUUGGGCUUGAAGCAGAAAUCACUCAGGAUGAACCGCCCAAGGAGGAAAUAUCCAAAGAAGGGGCCUCCGAGGCAACAAAUCCGACAGAAGAUGCCACCGCUAUUGAAGACACAACUGCCACGACCGCAAACAAGAAGAAGAAGGGCGGGAAAAGUGGCGUCGCAACACCCCAGCCUGAACCCGAGCCUGAUGUUGAGUCUGCUGCUGCCAAAGAUGAAUCCGUCGAAGCAGAAGUCGGAUCUUUGAAUGAGGCUGCGACUGAGGAGGAUGUAAAGCCUGAGUCGUCUGCAGAGCCUGGGUUCGACGUUGUUACUGAGCCCGAAACUGUCAGCAAAGCUGAAGUUGAAUCUCCCACCGAAUCUCACGAAGUUGCUCCCGAGACCGAGACUGAACCUGAAGCCUCUCCAGAAGACUCGCUACCCGCUGAGCGUAUCCCUGCCGAUGAUCCAGAGGCAAAUCAUGAAACUAUCGAGACAGAAGGCAGCGGUGAAACCGAGAUUGUGAAGCCGGCGGAUUCUGGAGAGGAAACGGCCAAUAAGACUGAGGCAACUGUCGUUGCAACCACAAGUGGCGCUACCCCGGAAACCACAACAGAGCCUACAGUAAAGAGUGAGGAGGCUAUCGACACGACGGAGAAGACAGGAAGUGAUGUAGAAACCGGCUCUAUGAGCUCGCAGGAUGCUGAAGAUGCCUCUACAAAGGAGGAGCCGCAAAAAGUCGAACUUGGUGCUGAGCCCACAAAAGACGCACCUGCAGACGAUCCAAGCAAUAAAGAACUCGAUGCUUCGGACACAGAGAGCAGGAAUGGUGGAAAGACCGAGAACAAUUUGAUUGAUGAUGAAUCGAAGCUUGAAACCGUCCCUAUUACCGAAACCACCCCAGCCGAAGCUUCUCAAGACAAAAACCCCGACAAACCUGAGAGCGGUGAGCCUGCUGCUACUGAUCUCACGACGGAACAAGCUGAAGUGAUACCAGAAAGCGGAAGCUCCAGUGAUGAUAUCCCCGAUAGGCAAUGGGACCCAGCUGAGUCCAGGGAUAGCGAGAUUGGGGAGACUCAGGAAGAGUCAUCGAAGCCACGGGAAGAGGGGCACGAACAACCCGAAGCUACUACAGAAGAUCCAGGAGAGGCUGCAGAACCUGCAUCAACUGUCGGUCCUGAUACGAAUGCUGCAGUAAAGGACGUUGAGCCUAAAGAUGCAGUUACGGAGGCGAAAGGCGACAGCUCGGCGGAAAAAAGCGAGCCUGAAGAUGCGUCUAAGGAAGCAGAAAACAGUGCUAAUCUUCCCGAAGUGACAACGCAGCCACCUGAGGAUGCGAAAAGUGACUUGGUGGCCGAACCUGUUGUGCAGGAACCAGCGCCGGUCGAGAUGGAUAAGCCAGUGGUGACCGAAGGAGAAGCCAUUGAACCCCUAGUCACGGAACCGGAGGAUGAAUCUCCUGUUCUAGACAUCUCUACCAAGGAAGCCGGUGAAUCGGACACUCCCACUGGUGAUGCGACUGAACCACUGCCAGCAGAGAAACCAACAGAUGAUGUUGAAAAGGAAUCGCCCGAUAUAGUCGCUGAGAAGGCGCCAAAGACAGCGGAUGAAACGACUGAAGUGCCUGAGGUCAAUGUAGAAAUUCUAGGAGAAAAGCCAGAAGAGCUGAACCCCCACGAGGGAGAUACUUCUGAGCCUGCUGCAGAUAGAGAUCCCGAAUUAGAGACGCCAAACGACACCGACGCCAAGGGAGACCCCGAAGAAAACCAUAAGGAUUCAAGCGCUCCUAGCGUAUCCAAUUUUGAUGAGGCGAAGGCUACAGUCAACAUUGAGAAUGACGAAACUCAGAGCCUUGAGGUAGAGGCUACUCCAAAGGAAGACGUCAACGAAGUCACACAAGAGAUAUCAUCAAGUGACACCGAAGCUACUAAAGAGGCAGAGGGCAUCAGCGAAAGUACGCCCAACGAAAACGACACCGAGACUCGAGAACCAGCACUCCCAGCAGAAGACGACACGGCAUCAGUCGACAACACCUCGACCUCCAAGGAAGAGCCACCAGUAGCUGAGAACCACGUUACUGAAGAGAGGACCGAGCCGACUGAAGAGAUAUCAAGUACAAACGAGAAGGUAGAGAAUGAAUCAACACUCUCCGUCGGCAACCUAGACCAAGAUGAAUCUGCUUCGAACGACAAAGAACAGGAUGCGCCACAACCUUCACAACCUGCAGCUGAUGAUACCAGUGUCUCCGAGAAAGAUCCCGAGGAGAUCAAAAUCACAGAUGGUGAGACAGGAACAACCGAUGAUACUGUGCCAAAUCGACUAGAAGGAGAAGACAGGGCCUCCGAAGAAACACCAGCUGCAGGAGCACUUGCAAACGGCCACGGAACGGAGGAGGCCUCUGAAGCUUCUGACAAGAAGGAAGCGGAAACAGAGACAGGGCCUGAGGCGCUUGAGCCGGCCGGAGUGGAGAGCAACGCAACGGUUGAGGGACAACAUCCUGAGGAGGCAUCUGAAGCUGUUGUUGGCCCUGACGAAAAGGACAAGUCCUCAGAUACUGCAACCGAUCUACUGAAUGAAGCACCUGAUGAUAGACCUGCAGAAUCAGCGACGGAAACAUUUACUCAAACCUCUGAAGAGGAAACACGAGCAAGCGCUACGGAGGCUGAAGAUGGAACCAAGGAGGAAACCAACCCUGCUGGAGAGACGUCAGCUGUAGAUACCCUCACAACUGACGACAAACCAGUGGAAGCUUCGGAAGCGAUCGAGAACGGAACUUCAGACGACAAGGCAGAAGAAAAAGCUGACCCCUCCGAUACCAAGUUGGCUGCGGAAGUAUCUACUGGUGACGAACCUAAGGAAGAAGAGCCCACUACGGAGACGCCAGCGGAGGAGCCUAUUGCCGUUGAUGAAUCUCAAGAAACCGAGCCAGUUAUAGAAUCCUCUUCCCAGGAGAGUAAGGCAGAGGCGGAAGCGAGGGCGGAGGGUGAGAUCAAGCCGGCCGAGGAGCAAGCAGUACCUGAAGAUCAACCGGCCGAGGAGGCACCGGCAGCUCAUGACGAGCCAGAGAAAGGCUCUGAAACCGCUGACAGCAAACCAGAGGAAGAGGCCACACCUGUCGAGGACAAGCAACUUGAAGACCCCACAGCCUCUGAAGAAAAGCCUGACCAAGAUGGCAAAACAGCAGAAGAACAUCCCGCAGCCGCAGCCGUGGCUGAAGACGACCCCAAACAGGCAACACCUGCAGAUGCGCAGGAAGAUACCAACCAGAUUACCGACAGUGGAACUGUCGAAGAGCCUCCCAAGCCAGAGGAUGCAGCUGCACCGGAGGAGACAUCGGCCCAAGAACAAAUAUCUGCAGCAGCCGGGGAUGACGUUCCAAGUGAUGGCAAGCCAGCUGACGAUUCCAAGGUCUCUCAGGACGAGACGAAACCGGAAACACAAGAGCCUCUUGCACCAGAGGAGGAAGCCAGGCCUGCUGAAGAAGUGACCCCGGAAAUCGAAGGUGUCACGACCAAAUUACCAAAUGAGCCCACUGAUGAGCCUCCUGCCGAAGCACAAAAGAAGGACGGCCAGCCAGGCAAGGACACAGACGAGGUAGAGGCCAAGGCCAAGGAAGACGAAGAAAGCAAAGACACCCUUGGGCCAAUUCCAAGUAACAAGAGACAGGCUAAAAAAGGUGAGGAACAUGGUUCAUUACACGAUACCCCUAUUGAUUUUGCACAACACUUGGGAGAUUUCACAGAGUUGAAUGAAGAAGGGGGCAAUGGCGUUUUGGAGUUUGAUUCAGACGAUACCCAGCACCAUCAAGGGAUUCCGCACAGCGAGGAAAAUACAGCACUCAAAACAACCACUCACCACCCGAGCCAGCUACCAGUAGCUGCAGCACCGGGCGACCACAAUGACCAAACUCUUGCAGAAACCACAAUGCCAGGGCCACAAGAGCCUAGCUCGGGCGAAAAAAGGAGCAAUGCAGCAGCGGAAGAUAACUCCGCACCCCUAGAACCGAAGGCCGAGAUUCUAGAUGAUGUCCAAGAGAAGUCAAUCUCAGGACAGGGGCAUGCGCCUCAGCCAGGUCUGACGGCUCUGUCUACGACUAUUGAUCUGAACGCUACCGAUGAUACCGGUCUGGCCGCGAGUCCCCCAGCCACGGAAGCCCAUGACAGCACUAAAAUCUCCGCACAACAUGCUCCACACGAACAGGACCUUGCAAGCCAAUCACAGAGCGCCGUUCAGGGAUUUGCUACUGAAGGACCUGUAAAUAUCAGCCUCCAAGACCCAAUUUCGAUUGCCGAGCCCCAGCCUCAGCAGCCUGGGACUGAGAGUGAGACGCAUGUCGAAGAACCACGCUCAAAGCCAGCCCAGGACACUCACGAUGAAAAUGAGAAAUCCAGGAGAAUGGAACCAGAACUGCCAUCCAUAGUUGCUCGCAGCACACCUUCGUCCCCGGCAGCUUCGGUAAUCUCUGAUGAGGAUUCAGAAACUCCUGUGCCCUCACACACCGCCGUCGAUGAACCUCUCGAUGCUCAUGAACCUGCCUGCCGCGUCGAAGCAGAAACCGAUAAAUCAUCUUCGGGGCUGCUACAACCAAUACUCAAGCCAGAACCAUCUUCUAAAGAGCCCAAAAUUCUGGAAACUGACUUUGACAACGUGUUGCAAACGUCACGAGACUUGACCCAAGACACGGCUAUGCCGCGUGCAGAGCCAGAAGUAGAAGAGGAAGGAGAACCAGACAUUUCAGAGGCUGAAUCGGUGGGCAACGAUGCUUCGAAUUUGGAGGGCCAAAUUCAAGAACUUGCUACUCCAAGUCACUUCCGAGAAUUAGAGCCAUCAGAGGUAGCCAAGCCCACUAAAGCUCAAGAGAAUGCCAUAAUCUUGGGCGAUGCCACACCGCCCAGCAAACGCGGCCUGACGGAAGAAACAACCAUUGGAGAGCUUGUAGAUUCUGAUUCUAUCUCACGCGCCAGUUCACCAGAUGAAGUUAUUGGUUUCAAGUCUGGACCUGGAGAUCGGCCAUCUGCUUCAACGGACGUUCAACCUGUUAAUGUUUCUCAGAAAGCCAUAGCUUCAGACGAAGAUUCAGAUGAUGAAGUCAGUAGCGUCGACCAACGGAGUGUUGCUUCCAGGCCCAAAUCAAUCGACCAGGCAAUCUCGCUAGAGGGCCACCAUGAUCGACAAGCUCAGGCAGAGCCGGUUUCUCUCAGGCUAGAUGAGCCGGCUGCUACUUUGCACUCGGAAUCUAUCAAAUUGGAAGAUGCUGCCAAAGAGAUGAGUGAUCUUGAUGACUCCGGUUCCGAGGAUGAGUCAGAGGGUGAUGAUUCUGAAGCCAGCCUUAAAUCGGAACCCCAGUCAGCAACUGGUAUUAGUUUGCCGGCUGAAUCUGUUCGGGAACUGAACGAGUCUGCCAUUGAAAGGCAGCCAAUCCCACCAGUCUUGGUUUCAUCCAAUCCCAUCAGGGAGGGUAUCUCUGAUUCUGACGAAAAUGAUUCCGAACCAGAGCACGACUCACCGAGCCUGAGAGCCCAAGAUGAUCCCAUAGAGGACCUACAUAUGGGAGCCCAUGCGCUUGCUCUUGGUGAUAAUGACGAGGGCGUGGACACGAAUGAUGAUGGCGACGAGUCUGAUGUAGACCAAACUCAUAUCGUCCAUAAAGCCAACUCGCCAGAACUAGAACCAAGCUCCGUGUUGCAAACCACUGGUGCUCGACGUGGCUCGCCUUUUAAUGAUGAGGAACCAUCCGAGUCGCUUGAGCAUACAGAUCCAAACCUUGCAGUCAUUGAUGAGCAGCCCAAACCCAAACCAGAUCGCGCAAUAGACCAUGCUGAGGAGCCGGACCUUUUUGGUUCUACUUCAUCACUGUCGAUGGCUACAGAUAUUCAAAGAAGAGUGGUUUCUUCUGGUCAGCACAACUCUCCACGUCAUGGUCUUCCACCCCCGGAAUCUGAGACCGCCAUUCCAGAGCUAGCUAUUACUGCCCAGAGAGAGGCAUCGUCUGAAGCCAAAUCAUCUGUCAAUCUCACUAGGUCCUCUUCACCUGGGUCUACCGAUGAGGAGCAGCUCGAUAGCACCGCACUCCCGCAUAGACCGCCUGAACACUCUGAUGCCGACAGCGAAUCUGAGACAGAUGGGGCAGAGAGCGAAGCCAAAACUGAACCACCGUCCUUACCGCAGACAGUACCCAGAAAAGACGAUUCCCAUUUUGCUACUGGUGAUGAACCGAAACACGGCGGAAUAUCUACUGCUGUUGUAUCUGCUGUCCAGCCAAACCACGACUAUCUCGACUCGGAGAACACGUUAGAGCCUCCUGAUACAGCCCCAAAUAGUGAGCUACAGGAUAAGCACGAAUUCUUGGGAAAAGUGUUGGAUGUCGAGCUGCCAGCCGCUUCUGACGAUCGACUUCAAAUCGAAAGUAGAUCUGUCACCAGUUCCACAGAUGACGAAGUAAAUCAAAAGGUGACUGCGACAGCUGCCACUGAUGAUGAGAGUGACGGUGACCUACCUGCCUCGAGAGAACUUUCCCCCAUUGGUAUCGACAGAAUCUCUGCACCGCACCAGCCUGAGGCAGUGGAACAGCUAGCGUUCGAAGCAGAAACAAGUCAGGACAAAAAUGCUAGAAUGCCGCCUCAUGAGGCCGGAACUAUCGGGAUUCUAAGCACCACUCCUGAAACCCCUGAAUGGCCUGACAAUAAGCCCGAAGGCGGUCGACCAGUGCACGGUAAUGAGUUUCAGGGGCGGCCGGCUCUCAGUUAUGCAACUUCAUCAGGGGCAAGGACGGGAGUUAAAGAUGAAUUCAGGGCUUUGAGCGAGAGAAGUCAAGACGAAGAGCGAAAUCAUGACCAUAGCAUAUUCGCUGGCCUUCGGGACCAACAUUUGCCAUCAGCCGAGGGCCCCAAUCAAGGCUUGUCUGACCACAUGUUGCACGAAGUCAAGACUCCUGAUACGGAUGAUACUCAAGGUUCUGAGCCAAAGCCCGUGCAAGCCGCCGAGGUGAAGCCUCUCGAACUCGUCCGACCCGAACAAAUGGCUGUCAAGGUUGUUGAUAUCCCUUCGCGUGAUAAAGGCAAAGCAGUUGUUACUAUACCAGAGAGUCCAAAGAGGUCUAGCUCUACUUCACGAUCGGCGCGUCUGUCUCGCGCGGAGCCGCCUCGGACAUUCCUGACACAACAGCAGCGGCCACGAAGAUCGCUUAGGGUUCGUCCCGUGACAGAAGUCUACACUAAGGAUCCCAUCUUCAUCCCUGCCGCGAGCCGCCCAGUAGACACCAAGCCUGUUCAGCGGCCUCAGCCUCCUCGUGCUGAAAGCGAACCGGCCAAGGUGCCAGUUCGCCCGCCGCUAGCGCACCAAUCCUUGGAGUUGCACGGUGAUCCUUCAACGAUGGCGGUGCGGAGUGAAAAGGCCCCCGGAUCUCGUUCUUUCCAGGCCGAGGGCGAGUCGUCCACGGGCCAUGUGAGGCACGAUCUGAGGCAUCCCACAGUCACAAUUGAAGAGGGGCUCCGAAAUGCUGCAUAUCGAGCUGCCCCCUCAGCUGGCUCUGUUGUUGAGGCUGAUGCCCAGAGAUCGCCGAGUCCUAGCAUCGUGAUUCCAGAUGCAGAUAUGAUUGAUCUACAGCGAGCCCGUACCUUGAGGCGUACACGAAAGACGUCAAUUCGGCGUGCUGAGGAUACGCUGGCUGCUGCAGUGGUCAUAUAUGCUACUGCAGAGGCCCUCAGUCCUCCCGGCAGCCCUUCGCCUUUCAUUUACCAGAGAAACGAAGGAUUUCCUAACCUGGAACGUCAGAUGGAUGCAGAGCCCAAUGAUUACAAUUUUCCAGCUGUUUCUCCUUCUUUGAGGAGCUUUGAUGAUGAGAUCGAAGAACUUCACAAGUCUAAUGCUGACUUGUUUGCAGACGAUAGGAGCAGAGAAUCUGACUUGUCGCGAAGCGAUAGAGACAGAGACAGAGAUAGACAUCGUAGGCGCCGACAUUCUCAUCACUCGAAUCGCUCCGGCGGAAGUCGUGGUGAGGAGGACAGGGAGCGCAGAUAUCGUGGCGACGACGAGGGGCGAGCUCAUCGACCUCGAGAGGAAGACGAGGGCCGCCACCGCCGACUGUCUCACCGCGAAGGCGAGUCUCGAUAUCGACGCCAUCGUGAAGAAGAUGAAGCGCAAGCUCGCGACUCACGUGGUGAGGCUGACGCCAGACCCAGGAGCUCUCGCGGUCCCGAAGAGCCAAGAAGCAGAGGUUAUCGCCGGGACGAGGACUCGCGGCCACGUGAAUCUCGGAGGGCCGAAGAACCAGCUUCAAGUACCCAACCCCAGGAGGAUGAGGGCCGAGAGCGCAGACGACGAUCAUCUGGUACUCAUCCUUAUCGACGCCAUCGAUCCGACACGGUCGAAUCGGGCCCUCCUGGCACCCCACCCAGAACACCACGACGAGACAGCGGCUUUUCUGCCGACAAUAGUUCUGGAAGCUCUGGCCGCAAACGUCGAACCCCUGAGGAACAGGCUGCCCACGACAAACGCAAAGCAGAAAGGGCAGAACGGCGAGCGCGAGAGGAAGAUAGCAAAGGGCGUGGACCCUCAGGAUAUCGAGAGGAAAAGGAGAGCAAGGGUAAAGAGCCUGUUCGUGAACAAGAACCAGAACCAGAGCCUCAGCUUCAGCCACAGCCUGAGCCCGAGCCGGAUCGACGACAUCGCCGCUCGCGUCGGCAUAGCCAUUCCGAGAGACCUCGAUAUGAAGAGCCCAGGGAGCGUCCUCGAGAGGAACCUAUCCCGCCCGCUCCCGUGCCUGAAAAGAAGUUCUUUGCCGUCAAGAACUCGGAGGGUGUCCUAGGCAGUACCACACCGCCACGUGAGGAGCCUGUGAUCGCCGAACCUGUCAGGGAACGAACGAGGGAGGCUCCGCUGGAGGACUCACCUAAACGGCCCUCGACACGUCAUAGACGCACUCGCCCUUCCACCGAUGAGCCACGUCCUCGGUCCUCGCGCCGCCCUCGUGAGGAGCCUGCCCCUGAGCCAACUCGAGACAAGGACAGGGAACGGGAGAGAAACAGGGAGAAGAGCAAGACGAGAGAUAGGGACAGGGACCGAGAACAGGAGGCUCGACCUGUCAAACACGUCCGGAUGGACACGGAGGACUCUCGACGCAAAGCACGCCACGAAGAACGACGUAGAGCGCAAAUGAGGGAGGAAGAUAAGAAGCCAUCAGGCAUCAAAGGUGCGUUCAAGAAGCUGUUUAGCAAGUCUUGA